AUGAUGUCUCCUAGUGACACAUCGCUCGUGGAAGAGGAGGAAGCGGAUGUGGAUCGUGCAGAUCGAGAUGGAACCGGAUGGGUGGGAGCUGCUGAAUCCGGAGCAAUCAAUACUUUAGAACUCUUGAAAGCAAUAGAAGAAUCAAGAGUUGCUAUCGUUAUUCUCUCAAAAGACUAUGCCUCUUCAAGGUGGUGCUUGAUUGAACUAGCAAAGAUUGUUGAGUGUAUGGAGAUGAUGGGGUUGAUAGUUCUGCCAGUUUUCUACUAUAUAGCUCCAAAUGACGUAUGUCAUCAAAGGGGGACUUUUGCAAAUGCCUUUGCUAAACAUGAAGAGCACCUUCAAGAUAACAUAGGGAAUGUGCAAACGUGGAAAGCUGCUUUGACAAAAAUUGGUGAUCUCGCUAGAUGGGAUUUAAAGGAAAACUCUCUUGUUUACAGGCAUGACUCAAUAGUUAUCCAUGAAAUCCUCAUAAAGAUAUUUAGUGAGUUGAAUCGUGAAUUCCUGAGUGUUUGCGAGGAACUUGUUGGAAUAGACCCCCAUGUGAAGGAAGUUUUGGAUUUAUAUUUAGGUGAAGGAAUAGGUGAUGUUCGCUUUGUUGGGAUUUGCGGGAUGGGUGGAAUGGGCAAAACGACUCUUGCAAAAGAAAUUUAUAAAAGAAUUUCUAGGACUAUACUACAUAAUAAAAAGGUUUUGAUUGUCCUCAAUGAUGUGGAUGGAAAUGAACAACUAAAAGCAUUAGCUGUGAGAUACGUAGCAAAAAUUGUUUUUGAUAUUGCAUGUUUUUUCAAAGGAGAGAGCAAUGAUUGCGUUAGAGAUAUACUAAAAGGUUUUGGUUACUAUCCGAACUACAAUAUUGGUGUUCUUAUGGAAAAAUCUCUCAUAACUAUUGAUGAAGAUAGAAAUCUUUGGAUGCAUGAUUUGCGACAAAAAAUGGGUCAAGAAAUUGUUCUUCGUGAAUCCCCUAAAGAGCCUGGUGGGCAUAGUAGGUUGUGGCUCUAUGAGGAUGUUCAUCAUGUACUGAAAAAUAAUACUGGAAUAGAGGUAGUUGAAGGCAUAGCCCUAAUAAUACUUGUUCAUAAAGAGGAACAAUUGAAUGCUGAAGCAUUUUCAAAGAUGAAAAAUUGA